AGCCGCAACAAAGGCUGAAUAUGAAAGCGAAAAUCUUUUAAAGACGUAGACCCACACAAAUAUCCGAAGACAGAAGCAAAGGAAGACACACACUCUGCUUGAGAGAAUAUAGGAUGCAGUAAGAUCGUUGUGUGUUUGUGCCUCCCUCUCCAGAAGGAAGACUCGGUCAGCGUUUUUAGGUUUCUGUCGUUUCUGUUCAUCCCCUCCCUGUCUCUCCCUUGACAAAGAUUGCAACUUUGCAACAAGAAGAAUGAAGAAAUCGAGCACAUCUACUUUACCAUUGAAACCCACCUGGGUUCUUCCCCAUCGGACCCAAAUCCUCACAGAGCUGUACACAUUGGGCAGAAAAUUGGGUCAAGGUCAAUUUGGUACUACUUUCCUUUGUACAGAGAAGUCCACGGGUCGCAGAUAUGCCUGCAAGUCAAUUCCGAAGCGCAAGCUCAUCUGCAAAGAGGACUAUGAUGAUGUUUGGAGGGAGAUUCAGAUAAUGCACCACUUGUCUGAGCACCCUCAUGUGGUAAGAAUUCAUGGUACCUAUGAGGACUAUGUUUCUGUUCACUUGGUGAUGGAGCUGUGCGAAGGUGGAGAGUUGUUCGAUAGGAUUGUGCAGAAAGGGCAUUACAGUGAGAGGCAAGCGGCCAAGAUAAUUAGGACCAUUGUUGAGGUUGUAGAAACUUGUCAUUCUCUUGGGGUCAUGCACAGAGACCUCAAACCAGAGAACUUCUUAUUCGAUAGCGUCGAAGAGGAUGCCAAACUUAAGGCAACUGAUUUCGGGCUGUCUGUUUUUUACAAGCCAGGUGAAACAUUUUCUGAUGUUGUUGGAAGCCCAUAUUAUGUUGCACCAGAGGUGUUGCGCAAACAUUAUGGACCUGAAUCAGACGUGUGGAGUGCAGGGGUUAUUUUAUACAUUUUACUAAGUGGGGUGCCUCCAUUUUGGGCUGAAAGUGAGACAGGGAUCUUCCGGCAGAUUUUGGAAGGAAAAAUUGAUUUUCAGUCUGAACCAUGGCCUAGCAUUUCAGACAGUGCAAAGGAUCUAAUUCGAAAAAUGCUUGAUCAAAAUCCCAAAAAAAGGCUUACAGCCCAUGAAGUACUCCGUCACCCAUGGAUUGUUGAUGACAACAUUGCACCUGAUAAGCCUCUUGAUUCUGCUGUUUUGUCACGCUUAAAGCAGUUCUCUGCAAUGAAUAAGCUCAAAAAGAUGGCUUUGCGAGUUAUAGCGGAGAGGCUCUCUGAGGAAGAAAUUGGUGGCCUGAAGGAGUUAUUCAAAAUGAUCGACACGGACAACAGUGGAACCAUAACAUUUGACGAGCUAAAAGAAGGUUUAAAGCGAGUAGGAUCUGACCUUAUGGAGUCAGAAAUCAAGGAUCUCAUGGAUGCAGCUGAUAUUGACAAUAGUGGGACCAUUAGUUACGGUGAAUUCAUUGCUGCUACUAUACACUUGAAUAAGCUGGAGAGGGAAGAGAAUCUGUUAUCAGCUUUCUCUUACUUUGACAAAGAUGGAAGUGGCUACAUAACUGUUGAUGAGAUCCAACAGGCUUGUAAAGAGUUUGGUCUAAAUGAUUUCCAUAUUGAUGAAAUGAUCAAGGAAAUCGAUCAAGAUAAUGAUGGGCAAAUAGAUUAUGGGGAAUUUGCAGCGAUGAUGAGAAAGGGGAAUGGAGGGGUCGGAAGGCGAACAAUGAGGAAGACUUUGAAUUUCAGGGAAGCUUUUGGAUUGAUAGGCAAUGAUUCCAGUGAUUCUCAGCUUUAGUAGUUAUUUUAAUCAAACUACUUGACGAAAAAAAUGAAAAAUAAAAAGGCCGUAAUUUUCCACGAUGUAGUUUUAUGACCAAAUUUUGUAUCAAUCAAUAUAUUUGACUCGUUAUUUGUCAUUUCUUCCCA